UCUGGAUACCUGAUAUCGAGUGCAAUCAUAGGGCGUAUGAGGAAGUUAAUAAACGCGGAAGAUCAAGCACGGCGCAGAGUACAGAGAAAAGGGCGACCAGUAUCGAAAUGCCCGGGACAAAAGUCUGCAUCUUGGGAUCGGGAAACUGGGGCUCUUCGAUUGCUAAAAUCAUUGGGGUCAAUGUCAGAUCGUCAAACCGGUUCGACCCAGUGGUGAACAUGUGGGUUUAUGAAGAAAUCAUCGAUGGGAAGAAGCUGACCGAGAUUAUUAACACGGAGCAUGAAAAUGUCAAAUAUUUGCCUGGCCACAAGCUGCCAAAGAACGUGGUGGCUAUUCCAGAUGUCACAGAGGCUGUGAAAAGAGCAAAGUUGCUCAUUUUCGUCACCCCACACCAAUUCAUCCGCACACUUUGUGAGAAAAUAAAGUCUCACGUGGAAGACGGUGCCAUCGGCAUUUCACUCAUCAAAGGCAUCGACGAGGGUCCAGGCGGAUUGCAGCUCAUAUCGGACAUCAUCAGAAAGGAACUGGAAAUUGAGGUCAGCGUCCUGAUGGGGGCCAACAUUGCAAGAGAGGUGGCGGAAGAGAAGUUCUGUGAAACCACCAUUGGUUCAACAAAUGAGGCAAAUGGACUUCUCUUCAAAGAGCUGCUUCAGACUCCCAACUUUCGCAUCACUGUGGUGCAGGAGAGUGACACAGUGGAGCUGUGUGGAGCCCUGAAGAAUAUAGUGGCAGUAGGGGCUGGAUUUAGCGACGGCCUCGGAUUCGGGGACAACACCAAGGCUGCGGUGAUCAGGCUGGGUUUGAUGGAGAUGGUUGCCUUUGCCAAAUUGUUCUGCAGGGGCCAAGUGAGUUCCGACACAUUCUUGGAGAGCUGCGGCGUGGCUGACCUCAUCACUACCUGCUAUGGGGGACGAAACCGCAAAGUUGCAGAGGCUUUCGUCAAAACUUCCAAGUCCAUUGCAGAGCUGGAGGCUGAAAUGCUCAAUGGACAAAAACUGCAGGGUCCACAAACCUCAGCUGAGAUAUACAAAAUCCUACAGAAGAAGGACAUGGUCAGCAAGUUUCCACUCUUUACAUCGAUAUACGAGAUCUGCUUUGAAGGCAAAGAUGUGAAAAAGUUCAUCACCUGCCUUCAAAGCCAUCCAGAACACAUGUAGAGUGUCGACAGUACUGUGCCUUUUGUGGAAAUUUGGAAUGAGAAAGGGUCGACAAGAUUCAUGAGGUGGAAACACAAAGUACAGCCCAACGAACCAGCACUUUUUAAAGCUAAAUUAUUGUAAUUAAAGAGUUAUGUUUCUUCUUUGAA